AUGAACAUAAUCAGGUCAGUCUGGUCCACUCUCACACAGGGCAGCCACCCGGGUCUCCUGGCAUUCCAGACCACCAUGCCAACAACGGAGGGGAGAGUCUGGUCCAGAGCCUUUGUUGACUGCCAGCGGGUCACAGCCAGGUCACGCUACGAAGGAGUCGCUAAGCUGCCACACCAGUCCCCAGUCGUCAUUCCACCACAAUCUGAAAUCGUGUUGUGGAUGCAGGUAACAAACAGCCCCCCUAAUUCGUCUUGUGAUGUUCUUCUAGAACCCGUAUCGGACGGCGAGUGUGAGUGGCAAGUUGGAAGGACCUUAGCAACCGUGACUGGGGGAAGCGUUCCGUGCCGGGUCUGUAACCCUAAUCCAUACCCGGUGGAAGUACCCCAGCGGCGGCCCCUUGCCAGAGUCACUGAAAUAGAUGGCGCUGACGUACAGGGACAGAAUGAGCUGGUGCUUAACCCGGUGGCCCCUGACGUAGUGGAAGUAGCUGUGAGGCAUGUGGGAACGGCGGUCACACAAGAUGAGGCCCCCCACCCAGUCCUGACACUUCAGGGCUCCAUGAAAAGAGGCCAGAGGAAGCACUUGUACAAGGUGUGGGUGCUGUGGUCUCCAAUGAGGGAACCUGGGAGGAGUACCAGAGCGAAGAUUCAGAUCUUGCCCAGCUUCUGCAGUGGAAAACACUCGGACCCCUUAAGCCUGAGGAAAGGCAGCAACCGGCAGCACCACAACUAUCAAUUGGACACAAAGCUGAUGAGCUGCCCCCCCCCACACUUUGGCUCCCAAGGCUGGCGCAACCAGAGCUCCCCCGCAACGAAGCACCCCAGCCACACGCACGCGGAGCAGCACGCACGAGGAGCAGCACGCACGCGGAGCAGCACGCACGCGGAGCAGCACGCACGAGGAGCAGCACGCACGCGGAGCAGCACGCACGAGGAGCAGCACGCACGCGGAGCAGCACGCACGCGGAGCAGCACGCACGCGGAGCAGCACGCACGAGGAGCAGCACGCACGCGGAGCAGCACGCACGAGGAGCAGCACGCACGCGGAGCAGCACGCACACGGAGCAGCACGCACGAGGAGCAGCACGCACGCGGAGCAGCACGCACGCGGAGCAGCACGCACGAGGAGCAGCACGCACGCGGAGCAGCACGCACGCGGAGCAGCACGCACGAGGAGCAGCACGCCCCAAGGAGAGACCUGCAGAGCCCACAUACAACGCCCCACCGGAGCGUGAUUGCCCACUCUCUCCGCAGCUGCAUUGGCGUGGCGCAUCAGGCCCCAGCCCAAGGAGCAGCGGACCCGGCCCAGCGGAGCAGCGGACCCGGCCCAGCGGAUCCAGCUCAGGGGAGCACUGUAUAUAACGCCAGACGAGCUGAGUACUUACAGGGACGUGAACAAGCUGCCCCAGACUCUGUGUGUGUGUGCGUGCGCGUGAGACCGGCGCCUGAUUGCUUGCUCUCUCAGCAGCUACCCUGGUGUGGCGCACCAAGCCCCAGUGGAGCAGCAGACCCGGCCCAGCAGAGCGGAGCAGUGCGCCAGGCCCAGCCCGAGCCCCAGCAGAGCGGAGCAGCGCGCGCCAGGCCCAGCCCGAGCCCCAGCAGAGCGGAGCAGCGCGCGCCAGGCCCAGCAGAGAGCGGCCCCAGCAGAGAGCGGCCCCAGCAGAGAGCGGCCCCAGCAGAGAGCGGCCCCCUUAACCUUUUAUUUUGA